AUCCAACUGAAAGUACUACCGACAACAAACUUAAACGAAAACAACCUCUACGAGAUCGGUAGAUUGUGGGCCGAGGAUGGCCACAAAUUCUUUUUGCGCCAGCCGCAACUUCAACACCGCCAACCGCUUAUCCUGCGCAGGCCAUGAUGGAAGAAGAGGCGCUUCAGCUGGAAUUUCUGAAACAAAAUCUACAGCUGCAACUGGACGAGUUUCAAAUGCUUUCCGAAAUAUUCUGUAAUGCAGGAGAGCUGCAGCUGGAUGAUUAUGGGUGCAUCGAAAACCUGACCAGCUUCAUUGCUGAUACAAAGGAACGCUUGAACCAAAAAAUGGAGUAUCACUUCAUGUUACCGCUGUUGGAGAAUGAAAAGGUUCAAAUUCUUGUUGAACUACCCCAUCACUAUCCCGUUUUGGAAAUGCCACGCAUUGUGAUAAGAUCCGCCAUAAUCGCAAGGGACCAGGAACGUGAACUCCAGAUGCGCAUUCAGCAGUACAUCGAAACGGAAAUCAUCGAACGACAGGAUCCGUACGUUUAUCAGAUCAUUUGUUGGAUUCAAGACAAUUUCUCCGAUUUGCUGCAAUCGUCCCGGGAGCGGAAAGCGGAUUCUCCUUCAUCACCGACAACGAACGCCGACAGCACUCCCAAAUCGAUCGUUUUCGAGCGACUGUGGAUUUACUCACACCAUCUUAAGAGCAAAGGCAAGCGGCAAACGAUCAUCAAAACGGCUCGCGAACUCGGACUUACGGGAUUUUCACGACCUGGUAAACCAGCCAUUAUAUGCAUCGAAGGACCUCAGAGCGAUACGCAAGACUUUUGGCGUAUCAUCAAAGCGCUACGCUGGCAAAAGAUACAAAUUAAACUGAACGAAACUGAAACGGUCUUCACGGACGGUUCGUUGGAACAAACGUUGGCAAAACUACGCCGCUUUGAGACCGGUUUCAGGGAGGAGUUAUUCUGUGACAUGGAGGAGGAUUCAGAUGCCGAAGAUCUUCCAAUGAGUAUGAGUCUUUUUAUGAAAUUUUUAGAUAAACACAACUGUAAUUACAUCAAAAAGACUCUAUUCGGAUUCCAAGGUUCAUCAAACCUCAGUUAGCAUUACGAGAGUUUCAUUUCGCCGCCAUUGGCGCGCUGGCCUUUGUUACGUUACCUACUAUCAAGAUUAAAAAAUGUUACCACCGAA